AUGACCAAAAAGAGGAGAAACAACGGUCGUGCCAAAAAGGGCAGCGGCCAUGUGCAACUAAUUCGCUGCACUAACUGCGCUCACCCGGUGUGUGCCCAAGGACAAGGUAAGAAGUUCGUCAUUAGGAACAUCAUAGAGGCUGCUGCCAUCAGGGACAUAUCUGAAGCAAGUGUCUUUGACGCUUAUGUGCUCCCCAAACUCUAUGUCAAGCUGCAUUGCUGUGUGAGCUGUGCUGUUCAUAGCAAGGUAGUCAGAAAUCGAUCUCGGGAAGCUCGCAAGAACCAAACACCCCCACCACGAUUUAGACCUGCUGGUGCUGCACCACGACCUCCACUAAAGCCCAUGUGAAGACAUGGCUUCAUAAAGACAGAAGAAAACACCUUGGAAAAAUAAAAUGGGAUUUACACUUUAUGUAGAGAAAAAAAAAUAGAGA